GAGCCCCGAGCUGGACCAAGGCAAACCGGGAGGGGGGUGCCCGGAAAGGCCGAAGGACUGUCUUCAUCAAGCACCUUGGCGAGCAGCUACUCCACUGUGGGUCGCCUUGCGCCCAAGCUCUGCCGGAGCAGCGGUUGCUUAGGCUUCCCCUGGUCCUUGGUUGCUCCCAGUUGUCGCCACGCCGACUCGCCCUAGGCGCUGGUUCCGCUCGCACGUCGCGCACCCCCGGUUGCAGCCCGCGAAUGGUCUGGUCCGUCGGCAGCCGCCACCGCUUCGGCAGCAAAAGCUGCUCGAGCUGCUCCGGGUCUGGCAACGCAGCCAGGAGUCGCGGCUCCCGCGGGCGGUGGGCGGGCGGAGGGAAGCACCGGACCUCCAGCUCUAGCUGCAGCCCGGGGCGGCCGCCGGCGGGAAACCCGCGGGCCGCAGUGGGACCGCCUCCCGCGGGGAGACGAGGACCGGGGCUGGGCUGUCCUCACCCGGAUACCUUCUUUUCCCAUAACUUCACUGUCCUGAAACCUGAGUAUUCCACCAAGAUAACAUGAUAGGAACGUUCAGUGGUUCAGAGCCAUAUCCUACUUAGACUCAUGUAGGCCGUCCAGAUUUCUUGAGAGCUCGGUACAGGGACACACUGCUUGCUGGUCGGCACAAGCAAUAAUGCCAUCUCUGCCUCAAGAAAGAGUUAUUCAGGGACCCUCUCCCCUGGAUCUGAGUACAGAAUUGUCUUAUCAAAGCACUAUGAAGAGGAAAGUCAGAAAGAAGAAAAAGAAGGAAAUAAUCACAGCAAAUGUGGCUGGGACAAAGUUUGAAAUUGUUCGUUUAGUAAUAGAUGAAAUGGGAUUUCUGAAAACUCCAGAUGAGGAUGAAACAAGUAACCUUAUAUGGUGUGAUUCUGCAGUACAGCAGGAGAAGAUUGCAGAGCUGCAAAAUUACCAGAGGAUCAACCAUUUCCCAGGAAUGGGGGAGAUCUGUAGGAAGGAUUUCUUAGCAAGAAAUAUGACCAAAAUGAUCAAGUCACGGCCUCUGGACUAUACCUUUGUUCCUCGAACAUGGAUCUUCCCUGCCGAAUAUACUCAAUUCCAGAACUAUCUGAAGGAAUUGAAGAAAAAAAGAAAGCAGAAAACUUUUAUAGUAAAACCAGCUAAUGGUGCAAUGGGUCAUGGGAUUUCUUUGAUAAGAAAUGGUGACAAACUGCCAUCUCAGGAUCAUCUCAUUGUUCAAGAAUACAUUGACAAGCCUUUCCUAAUGGAAGGUUACAAGUUCGAUUUACGAAUUUACAUUCUGGUAACAUCAUGUGAUCCACUAAAAAUAUUUCUGUACCACGACGGACUAGUGCGCAUGGGAACAGAGAAGUACAUCCCUCCUAAUGAGUCCAAUUUGACCCAGUUGUACAUGCACCUGACCAACUACUCCGUGAACAAGCACAACGAGCGUUUUGAAAGGGAUGAAACUGAAAACAAAGGCAGCAAACGCUCCAUCAAAUGGUUCACAGAAUUCCUGCAAGCAAACCAAUACGAUGUUACUAAGUUUUGGAGUGACAUUUCAGAGUUGGUUGUUAAGACCCUGAUUGUGGCAGAACCUCAUGUCUUGCAUGCGUAUCGGAUGUGCCGGCCCGGUCAGCCUCCGGGAAGUGACAGUGUCUGCUUCGAGGUCCUGGGAUUUGAUAUUUUGUUGGACAGAAAACUAAAGCCAUGGCUUCUGGAGAUCAACCGAGCUCCGAGCUUCGGAACCGACCAGAAAAUAGACUACGACGUGAAGAGAGGAGUGCUGCUAAACGCGCUGAAGCUGCUGAACAUCAGGACCAGUGAUAAAAGGAGAAACUUGGCCAAACAAAAAGCUGAGGCUCAAAGGAGGCUUUAUGGUCAAAAUUCAAUGCGAAGGCUCUUACCGGGUUCCUCAGACUGGGAACAGCAGAGACAUCAGUUGGAGAGGCGGAAAGAGGAGUUGAAAGAGAGACUCGCUCAAGUACGAAAGCAGAUCUCCAAAGAAGAACAUGAAAAUCGACAUAUGGGGAAUUAUAGACGAAUUUAUCCUCCUGAAGAUAAGACUCUACUUGAAAAGUAUGAAAAUUUGUUGGCUGCUGCCUUUCAGACCUUUCUUUCAGGAAGAGCAGCUUCAUUCCAGCGAGAGCUGAAUAAUCCUUUGAAAAAGAUGAAGGAGGAAGAUAUCUUGGAUCUUCUGGAGCAAUGUGAAAUCGAUGAUGAAAAGUUGAUGGGAAAAACUGCCAGGCCUCGAGGACCAAAGCCUCUGUGUUCCAUGCCUGAGAGCUCGGAGAUAAUGAAAAGACAGAAGUACUGGAGUAGUGACAGCAGUUAUGACAGCAGCAGCAGCUCCUCUGAAUCAGAUGAAAAUGAAAAGGAAGAGCACCAAAAUAAGAAACAAGAAAAGCAAGUUACUUAUAAUCUUAAACAGUCCAACCACUACAAAUUAAUCCAACCAUCCAGCUCCAUAAGGCGUUCAUUCAGUUGCCCUCGGUCCAUCUCUUCUCAGUCACCUUCUAGUGCAGAUAUCCGGCCCCUUUCUGCUCAACAAAUGAUGCCAGCAUCCCGGCCAACUUCAGCCUCUCGGUCACACUCCUUAAACCGUGCUUCUUCCUAUGUGAGGCAAGUGCCUCAGAGUAAUGAUGCCAGCUCUACCAACUCUCAGAUGAGCAGGUCUUUGCGGCGACUGAGAACAAAAGAGCAAGAAGACGAUCUAACAAGUCAGACCUUGUUUGUUCUCAAGGACAUGAAGAUCCGGUUUCCAGGAAAGUCAGAUGCAGAAACAUUAAUUCUGGUAGAAGAUAUCAUUGGUAACUGGAAGCAUCAUAAAUCAAAGGUGGCUUCAUAUUGGCUCAUAAAAUUGGACUCUGUAAGACAGCGAAAAGUUUUGGACAUAGUAAAAACAAGUAUUCGUACAAUUCUUCCACGCAUCUGGAAAGUAACUGAUGUUGAUGAAAUAUAUUUAUAUCGGAUUUUUAACCGGGUUUUUAACCGCUUACUCUGGAGUCAUGGCCAGGGACUGUGGAAUUGUUUCUGUGAUUCAGGAUCCUCUUGGGAGAGUAUUUUCAGUAAAAGCCCUGAGGUGGUGACUCCUUUGCAGCUCCAAUGUUGCCAGCGCCUGGUCGAACUAUGUAAACAGUGCCUGCUAGUGGUUUACAGACACGCAACUGACGCAAGAGGAUCACUCUCAGGCAUUUGUACUGAUUGGGGUAAUUCCAGGUAUUUACUUCCGAGCAGUACACAAUUCUUCAUGAAAACACCAACCUACAACUUGAAGUACAGUUCACCUGGAAUGACUCGUUCCAAUGUUUUGUUUACAUCCCGAUACGGCCAUUUGUGAAGUAGAAGGGAAGAUCACCAGGCGUUAUGCAUAAGAGCAAUUCAUGCAAUUUAAACAUGUAAAGGAAGUAACCAUUAAGUGCUGUUUUAUGUAUAUAUGACAUAUAUAUGUGUGAAAUAUAGACACACAUUUACUCAAAUAACAUGUAUAUUUAUUAUAAUACAUAAAAGAAGAAUUAGCAGAAAACUUGCAUAUAUAAAACUUAACCUUUCUGGAAAUGUAAUAAAACAUGUUAAUAUUGUUUACAAAUAUGUGAAUGUCUAGAAUUUGCCAGGUUUAUAAAUACCUUCCUACUAGAAAUGUUAUUUUUGCUGCAGAGUAUAUGAAACAGAAUUGAUCUUGAAGAUCCCAUAACAGUGUUAAAUUAUUUUCUAGAUGACAUGUCUUUGACUUAAAAAAACAAUAGUAUAAUACCUUAUUCUCUUAUGUAUAUAGUAGCCAUAUAAAAUGAAGAAAAAUUAGAAGCCUGGUGUUGCUUUGAUGGUAGGAUUAAUUAUGAAACGGGUUUAUCUUUACUAUAGUACCCUGUAAAGUGAUAUAAAAAUCUCAGCCUAAUUCUUCAACAUUUUUAUUCCUCUAUGUGCAAAUUUAGCUCCAUAUGAUAAUGUAAAUUUUCAGUAAGGAUCUAGUGAGAUCCUAUUCUGAUCUAAAAUGGAAGACAAUCCAGUGGGUUAAGAAUAAAUAAAAUAUAAAUUAAAUUCGCUUUCAUUUUUACUUUUCAUUGGGAGUUACAUAAAGGAAGAAAAAAUGACAAUGACAAAGUCUUCUCAUGGUUUUUGCAUCUCAUACCACUCAUUUUUAUUUGGAAAGUGUAUCUCCAGUGGGUGUAUACAGUCAAAUACAGUUUUUUCUGUUCUUCAGAAGUGGAAGAGUUGACCUUUCAAACUCAUAUAGGUGUUACAUGGUAAUGUGUCACACUUGUUUUAUGUCUUUCAAUGUUGAGACCAAAUUAAACUGUAGUCUAGUCCAGUUGCACAUUGCGCCACAGAAAAUAAUCUACAGUAUUGCAAAUAGAAGAUUCUGACUACUGGAUAUUAUCAGUUAGGGUGUACCCUUAAGAAUUUAAAAACAUCAAAAAGUAUGAGGUUUCUUCUUGUUCAAAGUUAAUAUGCAUAACUUUCAUAGGAGUUUAUUUCCAUUUCUUGAGCCCUGGCUGGUGUGGCUCAGUGGAUUGAGGGCCAGCCUGUGAACCAAAAGGUCAUUGGUUCGAUUCCCAGUCAGGGCACAUGCCUGGGUUGUGGGCCUGGUCCCCAUUUGGGUACAUGCGAGAGGCAACUGAUUGAUGUAUGUCUCACACAUCGAUGCUUCUUACUCUCUCUUUCUCCUUCCCUUCCCCUCUCUGUAAAAGUAAAUAAAUAAAAUCUUAAAGAAAAAAACCCAAUGAGCUUUCAGCUUUCCAUGAAAAUACACAGUCAUUGAUAUGGGAAUCCUUAGAAAUUGCAAUAUUUACUUUUUAUAAUUUUGUUUCAACUUCUCUGCCACAUUUUAUUUUCUCACAGAUGCUAAUUAUCUGCAAAAUUUAUGAUCAUUUUACAUUCCUUUAUUGUCCUAAAUGCUAUUUCUAGUAAAUCAAGCCCAAAGAUGGAAAACUGAGGGAAGCAAACUAUCCUGGUUUAAUUCACAAGCUGGAUAAUUGGCAACCCAAAGUUGUUAGUUAGAUAUACUUUGUUUUUAAAGCCAUAUGCUGAGUCUUUGUUAGACUAGAUUAGGUUGUUCUCUAAUUAUGGCUAGUUACUUGAUUGUUUAUGACUAUUUAACACCCAUAUUCUGGUAGGCACUUCUUCUUGCUAGAUGACCCCAAAGAAGAACUUGUUAUUGUCUUUGUGAAAAGAGCAUAAGGAUGUCAAGAUAAAGGAAAUUACUGCGUGACUCUGAAUGUUUCUGACUCCGUUUUGUGAAUUCUUAAGCAUAUGUUAUAGAUUUCUUAGAAUAAAUAAUGAAAAAAAUGGGGAUAUUACAAAACCAUUAUAAGAAUGAUCAGCAAAUAGGCCUUUUUAAGGAGUAUUUCUAGUCUCUUUUCUUUUAAAAUCGCACUUUUCCAUGAAUGAGACACAAUUUCAAGUGUCUGGUAUAUGAUAUCAAUGCUUUUUGUUGGUUGCUAACUUACAUUAGUUUAAAUAAAACAUGGUUAUUUAAUUUGCUAGAGUGGGUGCUUUUGAACUUCAGUCCUUCAUUGUGCAAGAGUGUAUUUUUAUUUAAAACAAAAAAAGAAGAAUGUCUAAAUUGGGGAUGCACCCUCUUCCCCUAGGAAUACACAGCACACACACAUACACUCAAAGCAUUUUAAAACCAAGAGUAAAUUUAAGUAUAUGAACUAUCCAAAUAAUUGAUGAAAAAUUUCAUUUCUCUAGCUACUUAAGUCUGCCCUUUUUUUUGAACACUAGAAUUUCAUUGCCCACAUUUGCCUAUUUAUACUGAUCUAGUUUGAUAUGAUAAAGAUGAGAAAAGCCAUGCAUUAAUAAUUAUGUAUACUAUGGGGUAUGCAUGGUCUGUGGUUGCUGUGGUGCUUUUCACCUAAUGAGAACCUAAGGAGAGAAGAGACAGCAAUAAACUGUGGAAGUCUCUAGAGGCCACAGAAAUGUUUUAGAGGUUUUAGAAACAUAAUCCUUAGUUUCUAUUAUAAUUUUUUAAUUAACAGGGUUAAAACAUAUCAGUGUAAGUGAUGGUGUGGGUCUGACUCUCUUUCUCUUUCCCCUGAGAGAAAGAGUAGCUUUAUCUGAAAAAUCCAGAAGCUAUUCAAUUUACCAGUUUUUAAAGGGAAUUUGGUUUACUUAUGAUGAAAGUAUAUUUUUAUUCUGUUGUUAAGAAAGUAUCCAUGAUAAUUCUGUAAAUCUAAGAUUAGAGUGCUUCCUAGAAAUGUAUAUGAUUAGAAUGAUUUUCAGAAUUGUAAAAAAAACAAUCUUUUUACUUUAAAUUGUCUAUGAACACAGUUUGUGAUGCAGAUUAGUUUUCACUUUAAUAAUGUAACAUUGUAGACUGGUUGCCAUUUGUAAUCUGUUGAAGGAAAUAUUGUGAUUGUUAUCAUGGUUAUUUUUACUAGGUUUUAUUUUACUAGCAGUUAUUUAUCUUGCUUGCAUAAAAAUAAAGUUCUGACAGAAUCAGAUAAAGAAAUGCUAACAGUAACCUCUGCUAGAACAUAGCUGAAUAUCUCUGGUUAUCUACAAGAUGCAAAAACUUAUACACACUUUUUGUAGUGCUAAAUACACAAAAAGUUUCCGCUAACUCCUUUUCCCUAAAACUAACAUGAACUAAACUGAAAGAAAAAAAA